GGCCGGAUAUAACAAUUGCACUCGCGUGGUGGCUUUCGCACGACGCUGCCCGCCGCCCUCCUUGCGCUUGUGGUCUUUUUUUUUUUAACACCUACCGCGCCCUCCGACGCACGAUUCUGCGAAUGCUUCGCUUCGCGUCCAUGGCCGUCAGAAAUGCGUCGCAGCGAUGCACACGCGCGCCGACGCUACGUACCGCGCAGAGCUUCUACUUCAGCAAGUCCCUCACCGCACACAGAGCAGAACACCCCGUCGCAGGCACAGCACACAUCAUUCCCUCGGCGUGUGCCACGCAGCGACUCGACGACCCCGCCACGUCGGAAGACGUGUGGGAGAUGGAGCAAGGUAUCUUUGCCGGUUGGGUGCACGAUGCCCUCGGCUACCACGCCUCACUCGAGUGGCGCGAGCAGCAGCCCGGCGCAGAAGCAGAAAACCCAGAACUGGCCGAUGAUGCACCACCGCACACGUCACCCGAAGGAGAGGAGGUGCGUGCGGAAGUGGACGUGACCACGGCGGUCGAAGAGGAAGAUGCGGAGUCUGCGCAGCCGACCGAAGCGCUUUGCCACAACAGCAACAAAAAGAGCAACAGCAGCAGCGGCAGUGGGAGAGGUCGCAAAGGCACGUUUCCCUUUUAUGGUCCUCUGGCGUCCUUUGAAGUUUCGCCAGUCUUUGAGUGGCUGGGGUGUCUGUGGCAGUGGAGACCAAUUGAGGUGCGGCUCGCGCGUCAUCCACGCAGCUUCUCCCGCACGGCCGCCGCCACCGCCCGAGGCGGAGAUGGUGAAGUCGGCACAAACGGGUUCGAGAGCAAUGCAACGGCGGGUGGUCGCCACUUCUAUCUAGCACCAUUUUUACUGCUGCCCACAAAUGAGGUGCUCAUGAACCGACCGCGUCUUCACCCGGAGCUGCGCGACGCCGUCAUCGCCCGUCACGCUCGCGUGUGUGAAGCGGACAACCGCGCCCCCGCCUCCGCUUCCUUAUACGAGCGAGAAGUGCGACGACUGGAAUGGCGGGGGAUGUCGCCGUCGGUCACCGCCGCCCUCUGGAUGCUUACCGCACCCACACCGGUGGGGGAGUUAAAGCUGGACGUGGGGGACUAUCGCGAUGCAUACACCCUGUCUGUGUUCAACGUGAUGGAGCGCUGGUUGGCGAACACGCCGCACGCACGCGACUCCGCUGCCGCUGUCGCGCCGCCGUUGCUGCUACCACCCACCGAAGAAACAUGGGAGGCGGCGACGCGAGCGCAGUCCGCAUCGGCCGCAACGUCUUCAAACGACGGCGAUGGACGGACGCCGCCGCGGGAGACCGUCUUGGCCGCGCCGUACGUGCGCAUCUACAGUCCCGAGACAAACGAGGAGGUCGUCGCACGCGAAGGUGCUGAGCCUGCUGCGUCCGCGGCUUCGACCCAUCCUUCCCGUCCAUCGCAGCUCCUCUCUUUCCGCCGCAACGUGAUUGGCGGUGGGCUGGCGGAGCUCCUGCUGACGGUUGACCGCUACGCCGCCCUCAUCGCUCGCGGGGAGUUGACGCUGUCCGCCGCGUGCUGGGCCACGUUGUGCGACACGAAAAGCUGGUGGCUCGUGCAGCGGCUGCGCUUGACGCCCCGAGAGGUAGAGCGAGAUCUUGUGGCGGCGACGGCCGCGCAUCGGCGGUGGCAGCGGCGGGCACUGAUGCGCAAUCGCACGAUGGUGGGGAAGAGCAGCCAUGGUGUUUCCUUCGACGAGUACCCGUCCUUGGUGCGGUGGACUGGCAAUUAA